GCAGUAAAUAGUAAUACAGUAUUACAGUCACGGUGCGUAGGAUCUCCAGCAUCUGUCUGGUGAUUCGUACCUAUCUAGGCCAAUUUCAUAGUGUGAUUUCCGUUCUCGUGUCUAGUGGAUUUCUUUGACAAACGCGAUGGAAGACAUAUUCCAGUGGUGCCGAGAAGGCGUUGCCAUGCAAGUGCGGGUUUGGCUCGAUGACACUGAACAUGACAUGAAUCACGGAGAUGAUCACGGAUUCAGUCCAUUGCAUUGGGCCGCUAAAGAGGGCCAUCUGAAGAUCGUUGAGAUGCUUGUACAGAGAGGCGCCCGCAUAAAUUCAACAAAUCGAGGCGACGACACGCCUCUUCACUUGGCUGCAGCACACGGUCACCAUGAAAUCGUUCACCUGUUGUUGAAAAAUCGCGCUGACAUUAAUUUCACAAAUGAACACGGUAACACUCCGUUACAUUAUGCUUGCUUCUGGGGUUAUGAUGCAAUUGCUGAAGAACUUAUUGAAAAUGGUGCAUUGGCUGCUUUGGCCAACAAAGAUGGAGACACUCCGUUAGACAAGGGAAGAGGGCCAAUUUUAAAACAUUUGAAAGAUUUGGCUUUGCAAUCUGGUCAAGAUCUUACUAAAAUCAAUUUCAAAGAUCAGAGCUGGUUAGGUUUGAAAACAAGAAGCCGAGAUGCUACAUUAUCGCGACAUAAAGGAAUAAACUUGAGUGAUCUUUACUUGCACACAAAAAUGGCUACAUCGCCCAGUGGAGAAACAUGGCGUGGUCAUUGGCAAAAAAAUGACAUUGUCGCAAAAGUAUUAGCUGUUCGACAGUGUACUCCUCGAAUUUCCAGAGAUUUCAAUGAAGAAUUCCCAAAACUUAGAAUAUUCUCGCACCCUAAUGUGUUGCCGGUGAUAGGAUGUUGCAACUCCCCUCCUAACUUGGUGGUUAUUAGUCAGUAUAUGCCUUGGGGAUCUCUUUAUACUUUAUUACAUGAAGGAGCUAGAGUUACAGUGGACACAGCCUUAGCACUUAGACUCGCAGUAGAUGUUUCUAGGGCCAUGGCGUUUUUACAUAGUCUGGAGAGGAUUAUACCACAGUUUCAUUUGAAUAGUCAUCAUAUCAUGAUUGAUGAGGACCUUACAGCUAGGAUAAAUAUGGCAGAUGCUAAAUUUUCAUUCCAAGAAAAGGCAAGAGUAUAUUACCCUGGGUGGAUGUCUCCCGAAGCUUUACAAAAAAAACGAAUUGACACUAAUUCUGAAGCUUGUGACAUGUGGAGUUUUGCUGUUCUUUUAUGGGAAUUAGCUACUAGGGAAGUUCCAUUUUCUCAUUUGUCACCAAUGGAAAUAGGGAUGAAGGUGGCUUUGGAUGGUUUAAGAGUGUCUAUUCCAUCUGAUAUUUCACCUCAUCUCACUAAACUGAUUAAGAUAUGUAUGAAUGAGGAUCCGGGCAAACGGCCAACUUUUGACAUGGUGCUUCCAAUUUUGGAUAAAAUGAAAAGAUAAUAACAAAAUGUAACAAACGUUUUCAGUGCUAUAGUUGAAGAAGAAAUCUUAACAGAUAGGUUACUAAUUUUUACACAAUAAAUUUAUUUCAAAACUGAUCAAUAACUGUAUCAAGUGGUUAAAAAUUUAAAUUUUUAUAAUAUAUAUGUAUUUGUAAUUUCA